AUGUCGCAUUCAGGCUUCCCCAUCGAAGACGCGGCCAUCACCCAUCUCGUACACAACCUCGUCGAAAAUGCCGUGCGGUCCGUCGAGGAAGUCCCAAUUCCCCUGACACCGCGAACCUCGACCCAGUGGCCUGUCGAGGAACUUGCGACGCGGGAAGCGUUACGAUACUCCAUCAACCCCAGUCAUGUCAAAGACCUUGUCGACUUUUCUGCUCUUACAUAUGUCGAAGAACCCGACGAUAACCUGCUGUGCCCCAUCUGCAAGCUACCAGUCAUCACCCCGAUCAUUACACCAUGUGACCAUACCUUCUGUCUCGAAUGCCUGAAGCGCCAUGUUCAUUCCUCCGACACCUGUCCCAUCGACCGGACGAGAUUCCGAGCCAGGGACUGCAAGACGUCGAGGCUUCUCACCAAUAUCCUCGACAGUCUGGUGGUCGAAUGCCCAAAUACAGAGCGAGGAUGUGGCGAAAAGAUGAAGCGCGACGAAGUCGUCAAGCACACAAUCAACUGUCGGUACACGCUGCACGACUGCCCCGAGAAAACAUGUGACAAGAGGGUGGAACAGUGGCUGGCCGUCUCUGGCAAGUGCUGGCACUUUGAGCAAACUUGCGAGUACUGCGAGGAGAAGAUGGAAGCGGCGUCGAUGGCCGACCACAUCAGUAAAAUGUGCCCCAAAAACAUGACAGACUGUACAGAGUGUGGAGAGGUCAUCAAGCUGUCUGAGCUGAGCCAGCAUCGCGACGACCAAUGCCCGGAAACCUUUGUCCCUUGCACAUAUCAUGAUUACGGCUGCAAGCACGAGGCACUUCGCAAGACACUCAGGGCACAUCAAGACGAGUGUAUGUACAGGGUGGUCGCUUUCGUUGGCGACAAGGUCAAAUCGCAAGAGAAACAGAUUGAGAAAUUACAGAAGCAGACGGAAGAGCAGGAACGACAAAUCAUGGAGAUGAAGGACGAGCGUCGAGAUUGUAUCUCCUGGGACGACGUGUUCAACCUGAACAACGUCCAAGGCGGCCCAAAGUUCAAACCUACCGAGGCUGUCAUGACCAUUUACGAAGACAUGGAGCGUCGCAUGGAGGAGCUCAAGAAGGAGUUCACAGACCUCGAGGGCCGUCAGACAGUGAUGGUCCUGAACCAGGUCAUGCCGAUUAAGGAUCAGAUUACCGAGAUCAGGAGCAACCUGGGCAUACUCAAGAUGCAUAUGGCGUGGCUCAUGAACAAGAGCCGCGAGGAAGUCGAGCGUAGCCGCUUGGCCAACCGUAGUGUUGGCAGCACGAGUCGGACGCGAGGCAGCUCCGACAGCGAUGGCGAGGCUACCCCUAGUACAUCUCGGCGGCUGAGUGAUGGAUCAAAUGGCAUCCCUCGUCUAUGA